AUGCCUAAUACGUAUACUCAGCAUGUGCAAAUGUCAGAGCCAAACCCUGUAAAUACUUUGUCUACGCCAUCUAAAAGAGGUCACCGCCAUCGCAGGUCGCUAGCAAUAUCGGGAGAUUUUGAUUUUCUAAACCAGUCUCCAGCGAUUGCAAGUUUGCCACUUACACAACCACCAGAAAAGUGUCCUGCAACGGCCCCAGCUGCUGCGUCAAGUACCUUAUCACCUAUAAAUUACAAUAGAUUCUCUUGUAAAAUCAAUGAAGACGCUGGAACGUUAGAUUUGCCUGAACCAAGAUUUUAUCCGUUAUCACCAAAGAACAAUUUGCAAACACCAAGCCCUCGCUUUUUUAUCAGUGAAGAACCAAGUUUCUCAUCACCAGUUAAAGGUGUCCCUGAUGCGAUUAUCAACCUUGACGAUGUGUUGAAGACAAGACCCAGGUCAUUCAAAUCUCAUAGAAGAUCAGAAUCCGCACCUCCCGACUUAGAGUUUAUGAUGGGUAAAGGCAAUUGUACAGCCAGCUCUAACUCUAUGAUUAAAGAAGAGGAAGACUCUGUAAUUGAAUUAGAAUCGAAUAAUGAGUCAUACAAGCAAGAACUUCCGACAGCAUUAUUAUCCCCACUGCGGCCUUCCCUCUGUACAUCCGAACAGGCCAUCGAAAUAGAUGAUCCGACCCUUAAUGGGUCUCCGACUCACCACAACCGUGGAAUGCAAAAUCCUAAUGCACGUAACUCUGAUAAAUUCAAUUCAUUGAAGAUUAAAGGUCAAAAGCAAAGGUAUUAUCAUUAUACAAAGCAAAUACCUUUGAGCGUGGGCUCGGACUCACAAUCUCCAAAAGAACAAAGGUCAGCUACCUCAAUGACGCUAAAUCAAGCAAUGACUCCUUCUUCUUUUGCCUAUACUCCUUCAAAACUAGCUUCUACACCGGCAACUCCUGUAUCUUUCUACGAGAACAAUACGAAUAUUAACUUGGAAAAUGACAAUUAUACCACUGGAUUAAAAGAUAACCUUAGAUAUGCCAAUGAUAAUAUCUCAAAAAAAUAUGGAACUCCACAGCUUGAUUGUGUGUUGGAUACUAAUAAAAGGCAGGAUUUUAACGGCGAAGCGAGGAGAAGAAGAUCGGGUAGUCCUAUCUCCCACAUGCAACACCGCAACUUGAUUGAUAGUAUGAAAAGUAGACGAAACAGUAACACAACAAACUCGACCUUCAACUACAAAAGUAAGCAUUAUGAGAUGCCAUAUAAUGAUAUGAUGAAAAACGAAAACAAAAACAAAAACGCACAGUCCAUGCACUCUUCAAUUAAUGGUGCCAAUAAUGAAAGCAGUGCCGGCGAAGUGAUGUUAAAAACAGAUUAUGUACCUUUCCAACACUCUCCGGUCAAAUCCUACACGCCUGAUGGCAAAGAAGGAAUUGAUACAUUCAAGAGUAAUGAUAGUAAUGAAUAUUCCAACUUUGAAGAACAGGCCAGGACCAAUUUGCAGCUAAGUCGGGAUAUCCUCAUGGGUGAACCAGGUGAUAUGGUUGAUCUAUCUUCUUUUGUGACCUCACCAAGAAAAGCUUCGAACGAAACCGGCGAUUUAGCCUUCAAUUUAUCUCAGGACGAUAGGUAUGAUACCAAUAACACAUCAAAAACCAUUCAUGCAAACACUAGUGCAACGACAAGUAAUGAAAGCUGGUGCAUAAGCGACAAUGCAUUGGGAAAGCAAGGGCAGGAUAGUGAAGUUAGAAGUAAAAGAAAAUCCAAAUUGGGACUCUUUAGACAUAUUUUUUCAAGAAAGUAA